GAGAUAACAUUAUUUUGCCUGGCUUUCUUUAACAGGAAGGUCAAGGCCAUCUGUACUCAUCCACAACCAGUACUCAAACAAUGAAUCACCUCUUGGAACCACCAUUUCUGGUUUGGCUGUGGUAAAGCAAAAGGAUACGAAGAGGAAAGGCUGAAGACAAUCAAUGGAUGUUUGGGCAGUUGUCUCUCUAGUCAUAAGGAAACUUACUGACCUGCUCAUUCAAGAAUCAAACAUCUUCAAAGAGGCGAUAGAUGAGGUGGAGCAAGUCAGAGUAAGUCUAAGACAGAUGAAGAACUUCUUCACAGAUGCAGAAGAUAAGAAAGAACGCGGUGACGCCGUUAUGAAGUGUAUGGAAGAAUUUCUUGCUCUUGUUUACAAUGCAGAGGAUGCCAUUGAAACAUUUGUCCUGCAGAGAAUGCAUAGCAGGAGAAUCAACUUCCCUAGGAAGUACAUUUGCAUCCACAAGAAGUUGAGGCAUGGUGCAGACCUUCAUAAUGAGGUACAGAAUAUCAACGAGAAGAUUGAGGAGAUCAAGAUAAGGAUCCAGAAGAUCAAGGAGGAAAAGCCUGGCUCAAGUUAUCAAGAUGAAGGGCCAACACAAAAUCAGCAAAACAGUCAAAGCCAUUCUAUGGAUGAAAAAUCAUACAACUUUGGCUUCGAAGAGGCCAAAAGCAAGCUAGUGACCAGGCUAAUUGACACUUCAUUCCGAGGUCUUCCCUUCAUCUCAAUCGUAGGUGUGGGUGGCUCUGGCAAGACUGCCCUUGCAAGGACAAUAUAUAACAGCAGUGAGAUUAUAGGUCAUUUUGCUUGCCGUGCAUGGGUUUCUGCCUCUAAGAACCUAAGAGAUGUCUUGCUGAGCAUUUUGGAGCAGAUGGGCAUUUUAAUAGUUGAUGAGAAAGCCACUGAUGAAGAAUUGGUAGCCAAGAUCCGUGAGAAUUUGCAGAAUAAAAAGUUUCUGGUUGUGUUGGAUGAUGUGCAGUCACUCGAAGUUUUGAAAGGCCUGCGUGUUGCCUUUUCAAAAGAAACUGUUGGUAGCAAGGUGCUGUUGACUACUAUGGAUGAAAAAUUAGACAUCGAAGAGGCCAAAAGCAAGCUAGUGACCAGUCUAACUAACACUUCAUUCCGAGGUCUUCCCUUCAUCUCAAUCGUAGGUGUGGGUGGCUCUGGCAAGACUGCCCUUGCAAGGACAAUAUAUAACAGCAGUGAGAUUAUAGGUCAUUUUGAUUGCCGUGCAAGGGUUUCUGCCUCUGAGAACCUAAGAGAUGCCUUGCUGAGCAUUUUGGAGCAGAUGGGUUUAAUAGUUGAUGAGAAAGCCACUGAUGAAGAAUUGGUAGCCAAGAUCCGUGAGAAUUUGCAGAAUAAAAAGUUUCUGGUUGUGUUGGAUGAUGUGCAGUCGCUCAAAGUUUCGAAAGGCCUGCGCGUUGCCUUUUCAAAAGAAACUGUUACUAGCAAGGUGCUGUUGACUACCAGAAACGUAAACAUAGCUAGGUUUGCAAAUCCAAGUCGACCGCCUUAUCAACUCAUGCCACUAAACGAUGAAGACACAUGGAAAUUGUUUCUGAAACAUGUACACUUACCGGAUGACGUUCAGUUCUAUGAUUCGGAAGUAGUGAGCAAGCUUAGGAGAAAAAUCAUAACAACAUGCAAGGGCUUACCUUUGACAAUCAUACUACUCGGAGGUCUUCUGUCUACAAAAACUGCCAGCUAUAAGGAAUGGCUGAAAGUUCUUGACCAUCCAAGUUGGAAUGUUGAUAUUCAUAAAGAUUUUUCUUAUUCUUGUCAGCCUAGCCGUAAGUUUUUUCAGGGUAAUGAAAAUGUUGAGGUCUCAAAAAUCUUGGCCUUGAAAUAUGAUUCUCUGCCCUUCCACUUGAGGCCUUGCCUACUUUAUCUUGGGCUUUUCCCAAAAGGAUACAAAAUCCCUGUGAGGAGGUUAUUGCGUUUAUGGCUUGCAGAAGGCUUUGUAGAGCACUCACGAGACGAGACUCCAGAGGAUAUGGUGGAAGAGUAUCUGGACGAACUUCUAAACCAGAAAAUGAUUGAAAUAAUAAGGAGGAAAGAUGGGAGUCCCAAGAUAUGCGUUAUUCGUGAAGAGCUACACGAUAUCAUCUUGUCAAAAGCAAAAUAUGUUAGCCUUUUCCACAUCCAUAGAAUAAUGUCAGAGGAGGAAAAAAAUGAUUCUCCCAAGUCAGAUAAGGAAACAAAUGAUUCUCCUAUGCCCAGUGUUCGUCGAGUUGCUGGACAUGGAGACAUCAUAGACUAUCCAUGUAACGAAUCGUCAUACAUUCGACAUCUACGCUCUUACUUGUCCUUCAAUAUUCAAAAGAAAGAUAUACCUGCAAAGGAAAUAAGGAACUUUCUCAGCAAUGUCAUUGGUCAUCGAGGCUUUGGACUACUCAGGGUGCUUGAUCUAGAGCGUGUUUACAAACCUCAAUUGCCCGAGAAUCUGGAGAAACUGUUUCAAUUAAGGUACUUGGGAUUAAGGUGGACCUUCUUGGAUACCCUUCCCCACUCUGUUGGUGAGCUGCCCUACCUUGAGACCUUGGAUGUGAAGCACACCUAUAUCAGUUCUCUACCGAAUUCUAUUUGGAAGAUGAAACACCUGCGACAUCUAUGUCUGAAUGAAAUACGCCUUGAUAUGUCUGUGCAAAAACAUCGCUGUUCUCUUACUCGGCUCCAGACAUUCUGGGGAUUAUUUGUGGACAAUAAGAGUCCGGUGAAGAAUGUUUUGAAUAGGUUGACAAGUCUCAGGAAACUAGGUCUGACAUAUCAUCUUGACUCCAUUGAAGAAUUAAAUGAGUGGAUUGCAAGAUUAUCAAGUCUUCAAUCUUUGAGGUUAAGAUCCAAGGAUGAAAAUGGUCGGCCUUCAGAGCUUGCAUUAAAGCCUCUGUCAAGCCUUGAGAAUCUCACUCACUUGUAUUUGCUCGGAAACUUACCAAAGCUAUAUGAUGGAAAUGAAUUCCCCCCGAGACUUAGAGUUCUUACUCUGUCAGUUUCAAAGCUGACAAAAGAUCCCAUGCCAAUCCUAGCGCAGUUGCCAAGCCUUUCUGUCCUGAGGCUGUUGGCUGAUUCCUACACCGGGAAGAAGAUGUUGUGCCCUCGUGAAGGCUUCGGUAAACUUCAAAUUCUGCACCUCUGGAUGCUAAAGGAAUUGGAAGAGUGGACAGUGGAGGAAGAAGCAAUGCAAAAUCUCCGAGAAAUAGAAAUCCGAUGUUGUCAUGAGCUAAACGAGAUUCCGGAUAGGUUGCUAAAUCUGAGCACCAUUGAGAAAAUAGUUUUAACGAACAUGCCAGAGGAAUUUGCAGGCAAUGUUCAAGCCGACAAGCACAAGAAACUAAUCAUCACCAAAACUCUGCAGUUCUGACAGGGAUGCCAUUCGUUAUGGGGGCAAUGUAAAACAGACCAGUUUGGCACGUAGUUGGGGCACUCAUAUAUUUGCUAGGAGGAGAUAUAUGGCCAGUCUAAUUAAAAGCACAGAAAACAACCCGAGUCAAGGAACGGCCACCUGAACACCAGUUCGGUAAUUGGUGGUGGUGUUGUUUUUGUUCAUUCCACUGUCGUUGUGUCGCCCCAGUUGUUAAGAGAGGGCUGUAUCAUGUGCUUGUAUCAGACUUACUAUCUGUAGGCGUUGUAUCAACGCUAAAACACGUCGACAUAUAUAGUCAUUCAAAGUUUCAAGCUUGUAGAUUUGGACAAAUACUCGAUUCAUAUGAGACUAAAAUUUGCUGUU